AUGAGUACUGAUAAUGGUACUUCAAAUAUCAACACUGUUGAAACACAAGUGGCUACUUUUUUAAUACUUUUAUUAGGAUUGUUAUCCAGCUGCCAGUCGAUUACCAUUUCAGAAAGUAAUAAAAUUUCUGAAGCAAGUAAAGAUGAAAAAAGUCAACCACGUAAAAGAGAUAAUUCAGAUCAAACAGCUGCCGAAGAUAAAACUAGAUCAUCUAUAAAUGAACAAAAAUACGAAACUCAACAUCAUUUCAAAGAUCAAACAAAUAAUUUACAAUAUCAAUCAUCAUUUGUGCCUUCAAAUCUUCAUUAUUAUACAUCAGCAGCAACUCCACAGGUUCAAUAUGUUAAACCAGAAGUAAAUCAAAUUGAAUAUAAUAAAUUAGAAUCACCAUCUUCAACUGUGCAGUAUACUCAACAGUAUCGUAAUGUUGCACCAACAACAUAUCAAACCUUAUCAUAUUCUGGUUAUCAUCCGAGUCAUGCAAAAUUAGCAACAAUUCAAUAUGUUACAUCACCGGUAUCAUCACCAGCUCCAGUACAUUAUGCUGCCGAUUAUAUUGGGCAUGCAUCUGUACCAGCAGUUCAAUAUGCAGCUGUUGCAGUACCAGUAUCGAACAAUAAUAAUAAUAACAAUAAUAAUGGAGGUCAAUCAGCAGUUGCCGCUGUUCCAGCUGGUACUUUAAGAGUUCAUCAUCCAGUUGCUUAUGCAUCAGUUCCAGGACAAUAUGUUAUAAAUGCUCAUCAACCAUCACCUGCACAAGUUCAAUUAGCUUAUGCUGUUCAUAUACCACCACAAAUACAAGAAUAUUUAAAACAAGCAACACCUGGUAUACAAUAUGCUACCUCAAUAUCACAGACACAUGCUCAAAGUGCUGCAGCAGCAUCAGCACCAGCACAACCAGCUCCAGCACCUGCACCAGCUGUACAAGCUGCACCAGCAUCAACUAAUCAGCAUUAUCUAGUAGCUGCUGCUCCAGCAAAUGUUGCAGCACCUCAAAAAAUUGAUUAUUCGAAAUCACAAAAUUAUCCUCAACAGGUUUAUUAUGCAGUUGUACCAAAUUAUCAGCAAGGAUAUCAUCAAGGUGGAUACGCAAUUGCCGUACAACAAACCCAUCAACCCAGUGCAUAUCAAAUACAGGCUAAUAAACAACAUGUUUUAGCAACAAAUUCAAUUAAUUCAGCUUCACCAAUUUCAACACCACACGUUCAAGUAGCAUCAGUACCAGCAAUUUUAUAUAAACAUCAGCAACAUUAUAUACCAGCAGCAGCAGCAGCAGCUGCGCCUGCAACUUCUCCGCCACCAGCACCAUCUCCAGCAGCACCAAAUAAUGCUGCUGCAACUAGUUAUGCAACAUUUUCAGCACAUUUACCACAACCAACACCAACAGCAGCUGCUGCAAUAGCACAACAAUAUAAAGCUGUAGGACCAAUUGUAUCGGCAUCAACAACAUCAAAACCAGCAACAUUAUAUUCAACAUCAACAGUACCAUCACCGGAUGCUUCAGGUGUCGUAUAUCAACAUCAAUCAAGUGAUUUGAAUGCUCGUCAUUUACAUUUUCGUCAUCUACAGCAUCAACAGCCACAACAGCAUCGUCAUACUCCUAGAUUUAUAUAUGCUGCUGCAGCACAAACAUCACCAGUUUAUGUACAUCCUCCAAAUAAUUUACAUUAUAGUACACAUUUAUAUCAUCCAUUAGUUGCUAGAAGUAUUAUAUCAGCUACACCGCCAUCUCUUGGUAUAUAG